AUCCAAGGGUUAAGGGAACCAUGGAGGAGAGAACUGGUCUCCCAGAGCAGAAGGGACCCCGUUCUCGUUUGGAACAGCUACAGUCCUGGGCAAGGCACAAGGAGAGUGGGCGUCUCUUGGUGCUGGCGGUGAGCCAAAUAUGGCUGGCAGUGGCUCUAGUGCCAUUCGCUGUCUCAGUUGCCUGCCUGAACUCUGCUUGCCACAUGACCACAGCUCUACCACUUGGGCCUGCAGCCCUGGGUUUCCUCGCUGGGAUUGUUACCCUGGAAGUUCGCAGAGUACCCAGAAUCUGGAAGGUGCAGGCCAUGAUGGUACUCAACACCUUCAGUCUACUCUUGGGCUUCAUUGCGGUGGCGAUCGAGCUGAUAAAGACCUUCUUGGGACCUGCCCCAAAGACCCCUUCCCAGGCGGGCAUGCUGGUCCUGGAGCUCAGCACCGAGGCCUUCACCCUAGGAGGAGGUCUGGUCUCUGCAUUCUCUCUCUUCCUGCUGAGCCAGAGGAAGCCAGGAUGCUGCAGGAGCCCUACUCUGCACUAUCAGGAGCUGCAGGAGGGUGACUCGGAGUUGGUGGAAGUUCCUGAUUUGGAAAACUGCCCCGUGGUGGCCAGCUGAAGAAAUCAGUGAG